AUGUCGUGCUUAGCCCUAGCUCUGCAACCGGCAAAUGGAUCUGACAUUUUGCUCCAAACCAGAGAGUGGUUUCCUCCGGCAAGAGCCCUCAUCGCUCUCUCGUAUUUCCGUCAAACGCGUCAGGCAUUCGGUUCCACCAAGCAGCAGCAACAGCAGUCGAAUCAGAAACAGAACCAGGCUUCUUCUUCUUCUUCCGUGGCGGAUCCCGACGAUGCCGCGGCGGCGGAAUUUGUAGGUGACGAUCCGCUUGCUGCUUCGAAUGGACAGGUGAUUGUUGGUGUUGAAAGCAAGUAUCGUGUUGUUUAUCGAUUAGUGAACUCGAUCUACAUCCUUGGAGUCACCGUCGCGGAUCACGAUAACUCGAUCAAUGUAUUUGAGUGUAUUCAUAUCGUGAAUCAAGCUGUUAGUGUUAUCGUCACCGCUUGCCGUGGAGUUGAAGUGACUCCGGAGAAGCUUGGACGGAAGUAUGCGGAGGUUUACAUGGCGCUUGAUAUCGUCUUGCGUGGUGUUAGCAACAUUCGUCUCGCUGCGAUGCUUGGUGCUAUGCACGGAGACGGGAUCGCGAAGAUGGUCCACUCGGCGCUCGAUACAGAGAAUAAGAUCCGAGGAGCAGAUAGCUGGACGUCUGUGGAAUCGCAUUCCGCGGAGCAUUUAGCUUCUGUGCACGCAUUCUCCAAUACUCGAUUCGAAUUACCUCCAGAGACCAUCGCAGCCGGAGAUGAGUUAGCGGCGAGCUUGGCCCCAGUGGUGCAAGAAUCAGAACAGUUGAAGGAAGAACCGGAGCCGGAGAACAAGGAUCCUUUUGCGGCAAGUGAAACGAUCAACAAGGAGAAAGAACUUGUGGGUGAGUUCAAGAAGACUAAGGAUCCUUCCUCAACGGACUUGACUUUGGCACUAGCUGGACUCGAAGUGACUACAUUACCUCCAGCUGAAGCAACACAGUCUACACACAUCAAUGUUGAAGGAUUCGAAGGGCAAUACGGUGGAAUUGAGUUUAGCAACGAACAGGCUACGAUUGGAGAAACUUUUGAAUCGUUUAGUGAUGCUUGGGGAGGUGGAUUAGAUCCUUCAGAGUUUAUGGGUCCAAAGAAGAUUCAAAAGAAGGAAGGACUAGGCGGGCUCGAGCUGUUGCACACCAGUGAUCCUAAGGCAGUGGAAGGCAAAGACGGAGGUAAUCUCGAUAACCUCGUUAAAAAGCCUGAGAUGAAAGGUCCUGAAAUGUAUAUCUCUGAGGAAAUUAGAACAGAGUUUAGAGAAUCCUUGCUUGCUAGAGUAGGACUAAUGGGUGUGAUCUAUCUGAAAACUAUGCCACCUAAAGGCUCUGGUGAAGAGAAAGAAACUGAGUUCUCGUUUCGUGUUGAGGGUACCAGUGCCAUUAAGAGAUUCGUAAUGCAGAGUUCUCGGAUCAGUAGCUUAGGGAACGGUUUGUUUCACGUAAGAACCGCUCCAUCAGAAGAACCAAUCCCUAUCUUGAAGUAUAGCUUGCAACCUAAGCUAACCCCGUUGCCUCUUAGAGUCCGUAUGGUGAAACGAACCAGCGGGACUUUACUCUCACUAAUGAUACAAUACGUCUCAAGUCCGGAUCUACCUCAGCCUCUGAAAAAUGUGGAUUUUAUACUGAAACUCCCGGUUGAUCCCACAUUACUUAAGGUUUCUCCUAAAGCAAUACUAAACAGAACCGAUCGAGAACUGAAAUGGCAAAUCCCAGAGAUUCCUCUGAAUGGUAGUCCCGGGAGACUUAGAGCACGGAUGCCUAUCGAUUCAGAGAACGUAGAGGAAGAACCAGAAAUCAUCUGUUACGUGAAAUUCUCGGUUCAGGGAAGUAAUUCUUUGUCUGGUAUCAGUCUACGCGCCGCUGCUGAGGGAAAUACAGAUUUCUAUGAGGUAGAUCACAGGUACGAAACCGGAGUCUAUAUGUGCAAUUGA